AUCUUUUUUUUUUUAGCCUUUAAUUAUUUUCAACAGUUUAAGCAUUCAUACCAUCUAAUUCCACUCUCCAACAUUGAUAAAAAUACUAAUUUCAGGAUCGGGAAUGAAGAAAUAAUCGAAGGCAUGACAUGUGCAGUGAUGAUGUUCAGACCACCAAAAAAAAAAAAACCUUCAUAAAAUCAGCAACCCAGAUCGUAAGUCUGCUUCUUGUUUUCUAACCAUUUUUCUUUCAACCUGUAAUCAAAUAGCAAAACUCAUCUAGGAGAGAGGGAGGGAGAGAGAGAGAGGUUGUCGCCGGUCGUAGCUAUCAAGCUGAUACGCGUCGAGUACGCGUAUUUCACUCGUGGAAUACGCGUGAAAUACGCGUAUUCCACUAAUGGGAUACGCGUAUUCCAUGCGUAUUCUACGCGUCGAACGUACAUAUAUAUACAUCUUUGAGCAUCAAACCCGAGUUCAAUUUUCUUCGAUUCGAUCUCUGAGAAUACAUUACGAUUCCGCUUUGGGCUAACAAUUGAGGUGGAAUUGAUUGAGCAUCGGUGAGUGUGGGCAGACGAAGAAACCAAUCGAAAGCCUCAGCUGAAUGCUUUGUUCGGAGGCAAUUUAGGUCCCGUCGUAUCGAUAAUUCGGUUAGUUAGACUCAGUUUUUUUGUGUGUAUAUUUUUCUGCUAAAAUUUUGAAUUGACAAUAUCUGAGCCCUGUCUGCGUUUCUAUUGCCUUUAGUUAAAUUUGAUUUCAUUUAGGGUUUCUACGGGAGCUUAGUUGGUUUGUGAAGUUUGUCUAUGCUUUUGGUUGUGCUUCAAUUAUACUGAUUUUCGACUGCUCUCUCUGUUUAUUUAUUUGUGUCUCUCAUAUUCUCUGUUUUUUUUUUUUGAAGUUUGAUUUCUUAGGGUUUCUACAGGAUCUUAGUUGGUUUUUGAAGUUUGCAUAUGAUUUUGGUUGUUCUGAAGGAAAAUCUGCUUCAAUUAUAUUGAUUUUUGACUGCUCUCUCUCCCUGUUUAUUUGUCUGUGUCUCUCAUAUUCUGUGUUUUUUAAUUUUUAAUUUUUGGGUUUCAUAUUUGCAAAUGUAACAAUGAGUACCUUGAGGUCGCAGUCUAGGUGGUGCCCUCUUGAACAACAGCUUCUUCAGAAAAGGAAUUCCCGAGAAAAUUGGGACCGGUUCAUACCAAACCGGUCCGCCAUGGACUUUGAUUAUGCAUUUUACAUGCUUACUCAUCAGGGUAGUAGUACUAGGAAAGGUAAGGAAAACCCACCUAGAUAUGGAGUAGGCUAUCGGAAGCAGUUGGCUGAGGCCAUGAACAUGAACCGCAGUAGAAUUCUUGCUUUCAAGAACAAGACUCCUCCCCCUGUAGAGCUCUUCCCAAGCAACUUCUCUUCAGAUAAACCUACUGAAUCAAACCCCCCAAAGGCACGAAGAAGAUAUAUUUCUCAAAGUGCAGACAGAACACUUGAUGCUCCCGACCUUAUAGAUGAUUACUACCUUAAUUUGUUGGAUUGGGGAAGCUCCAAUGUUCUUGCAAUAGCUCUUGCAAACAAAGUUUAUUUGUGGGAUGCUACAGAUGAUUCUACUUGGGAACUGGCCACAUUUGAGGAUGAAAGGGGACCUGUUACCAGCGUCAACUGGGCUAUUGAUGGACGCCAGAUUGCCAUUGGACUGAACAAUUCCGAAGUAGAGCUAUGGGAUACAGCUGCCAGUUCUCAUGUGAUAACCUUGAGAGGUUGCCACCUAUCGGGAGUAGGCUCACUGGCAUGGAACAAUCACAUUCUUACAACUGGAGGAAUGGAUGGCCGCAUCGUUAACAAUGAUGUAAGAAUUGGAUCCCACAUUGUUGUUGAGACAUACAGAGGACAUGAGCAAGAAGUUUGUGGGCUUAAAUGGUCGGCUUCGGGCCAGCAAUUAGCAAGUGGAGGAAAUGAUAACCUGCUCCAUAUAUGGGACAACAGAUCAUAUUCACGAACACGGUGGCUUCACAGGCUUCAAGACCAUACAGCUGCUGUAAAAGCCCUUGCUUGGUGUCCUUUCCAGAGAAAUUUGCUAGCUUCUGGUGGAGGUGGGAAUGAUGAUGGGUGCAUAAAGUUCUGGAACACUCACACAGGUGCAUGCCUGAACUCUGUUGACACUGGCUCUGAGGUUUGUGCUUUGCUGUGGAAUAUGAAUGAACGAGAGCUGCUUAGCGCACAUGGGUUUUCUCAGAAUCAGCUUACUCUUUGGAAAUACCCAUCAAUGUUUAGAAUUGCAGAACUCACUGGUCAUACUUCUACAGUCCUUUAUAUGGCUCAGAGCCCAAAUGGUUGCACAGUAGCAUCAGCAGCUCAUGAAACACUGAAGUUAUGGAAUGCUUUUGGAGACCCUAAGGAGGUUAAACCAGCUCCCAAAGCUGAUCCUGAGCCUUUUGCCCAUUUGAAUCGUAUCCACUGAUCAAACUUUGCCAGUUCCAUGGAAAUUAAGCCACCCAGAAUAUAUUGCAGACAAGGUUCAUAAAAAGUAUUUGUGAGUCGAAUAUUUUGGACUUUGUUUGAAUUUCCUUUUGAUUUACACAGUGUGCCUUCUACAAGAAUGAAGAAGAUGAUAGCUCUAGGGUUUGAGGGUUCAGCCAACAAGAUUGGUGUUGGGGUAACAAUUUUGUCGAACUCGCUCACCACAUACAUUACCCCUCACGGCCAAGGGCUCCUUCCCUCGAAACUGCACCGCACCAUCUCCAACUCAUUCACCCGCUGAUUAAAUCUGCUUUGGAAACUGCCCAAAUAACGCCCAAGGAAAUUUAUUGCCUUUGUUACACCAAGGGUCCUGGCAUGGGAGCACCAUUACAAGUUGCUGCCAUUGUUGUUGGGGUUCUUUCAUAGCUUUGGAAGAAGCCCAUUGUUGCAGUUAAUCAUUGCAGUGCACAUAUUGAGAUGGGAAGGAUUGUGACAGGUGCAUAUGAUCCUGUUGUGUUGUAUGUCAGUGUGGGAACACACAGGUAAUUGCAUAUAGUGACGGGAGGUGUUGAAUCUUUGGAGAGACCAUUGAUAUGCUGUUGGAAGUUGCUUGCCACAUUCGACAGGGUACUAACACUCUCCAAUGAUCCAAGUCCUGGAUAUAACAUUGAGCAGGUAUUUGAAUGUGGUAUGUUUUGUUCCAUUGAAAGAGUAGAAGUUGAAAUUGGGCAUUCAUGCUUUCUUUUUCUAUUUUUUCUGUGGAAUCCUUUUAAGAUAUUAUCAUAAAGAUGCAACAAUCUAAGCAAGAAGAGAGAUUUAACAUGCAAGGUCUGAAAAAUGAUAAUUCUCAUAUCUGAACUUAUAUCAUAAAGAUGCAACAAUCUAAGCAAGAAGAGAGAUUUAACAUGCAAGGUCUGAAAAAUGAUAAUUCUGAUAUCUGAAUUUAUAUGAUUCAUCAUUUUCUUCUACUAGAGUAGUUCAGUCAAAUCUUAUUUAAGGUGAAAUGGUCCUCUUCCUUUUUGCCUAAGAUGGCCUCUAGUUUUAGAAAAAGGAUUGAGUUGCCAUAUAUUUCACAUGGUAACUGUUCAUAGAUCUUAUUAAAAUUGAAGAAAUCUGAUUUGGAGUUUUCUUCCCGCUUGCAUUUGAGACUGUUUGUUAAUUUCUUGUACUUUUUUUAAACUUUUCUGAAAUUUAAAAUGCUGCCAAUAUGUUCUGUUUUGGUCUGUAUAUGGUGAAUUUGAAAUGUAUGAAUCCAUGAUGGUCGGGAGUUGAUUUUUUAUAUUUAUAAAUACAUGUAUAGUUCCACAACACAAGAUAUAAAGUGAUAAUCGCAGUUUCUCUAA